UAACGGUUCUAGCCCCGCAAGCCUGCCGCGGCUCUCCGGCUCCGCGCCCGAGGCCACGCCCCGUGCCCGCCCCGGGCCAGCCUCGCGCCCCUCGGAGCCGCCUCCCGCCCCGCCCCCCGACGCCGCCACCCGGGUCAGCGAGCCGACUACAGGCUAGAGCCGUUCCCCGACGGGCAGCGGGGCGCUCGGCCUCCAAGUCUGGGCUGAGCGCGGCGACGCUGCUGCCCUGAAAUCCUCGUGGAUCUUGAGGCGUAUGGAACCUCAAGGUCUUUGUGACAAUGGAAACCAAAAAAUUAAUUGGUAAACCGCUUCAACCAGCAAGACCUCUUCGUCAUCUGACUUCUCCACCAGGAGCAGUGUUCCCUUUCAACUUUCAAAAUGAAUAUCCAUGCAACACUCAGUGCAAACAAAGUGGAGUUAUUAGCAGAUGUAAGACGAAUGGAAUACAACCCUUUUCACAAGGUCUUAAUGAACAGCAGCAACAUCAGUCUCCAGUUAAAAAAGAGAGAAUUAAAUACAGCAGAGAUUUCCUGUUGAAGCUCUCAAGUGUUUCCAUCUGCAGAAAAAAACCAGACUUUCUGCCUGAUCAUCCCAUUGUACUGCAGAAACCAGAAAACAACCAAAGUUUUAAGUAGCAUUUGAAGAACAGAUGAAUAUGAAGAUAAAGAAUUAUUCGUUUUAUAUUUUGGACAUCUGUAAAUGAGGUGGAUCUAGUAACAAUAACUGUAAUGGACUGUGACAAUUCAAUUUAUUCUUAAUUUUGAUGGUUGGCUAUUUGACUUCUCUAAAAAUGAGAAAGAACUAUUUUAAACUAUAAAGAAUUUUCUAAUCAGUUUGAGCUUUGCAGGCAGUUUGCUGCAUAAAUUGGGAAGUAACACGGGAAAGUAAGAAUUUGGUUAGUGAAGUGGUAAGACUGUGUAUUUAUAAUUUGCAUGCUAUUUGCAUUUUUUUUGUUUUUCAUCACUUGUAAUAAUGGAAUGGAAAUGUAAGUUGUAAAGACUCCCAAAUAUAAAAUAUUUGCUACAGUGUA